AUGGUGGUGGUGUUAGUGGAUGUGGUGUUAGUGGUGGUUGUGGUGGUGGUGACGGGGCUGGUGGUGAUUGUGGUUUUGGGGGCGGCGGCGGUGGCGGCGGCGGUGGCAGUGGCGAUAGUGAUGGUUGCGGUGACGGCGGUGGCAGCGAUGAUGGCGACGGUGAUGGUGGCGGUGGUGGUUGUAGCAGUGGUGGUGGCGGUGACGGUGGCAAUUGACGGUGGCGACGAUAGUGACGAGGAUGGUGAAGGUGGUGGUGGUGACAGCGGUGGUGGUGACGAUAAUGGUAGCGACGGUGGUGGUGAUAGCGGUGGUGUUGACGAAGGUGGUGGCGACGAUGGUUGUGGUGGUGGUUGUGGUGGCGGUCGUGGUGGUGUUAGGGAUGGUGCUGGUUGA